AUGGCGAUCUCCCCGCACCUUUGCAGUCUCUCCGGUACUCGCACCGACUGCUCCUUGCCGUUACCGGGGAACUUCUCUAGGACGGGUUCUUUGUGGUGCUGGAAGCCUAUCUCCGUUAGAUGCUCUGUCGAUUCUUCAUCUUCUUCCACCGACGUGGACUCCGAUUUCGAUGCCAAGGUUUUCCGGAAGAAUCUAACCAGGAGUAAGAACUAUAAUCGGAAAGGGUUUGGGCACAAGGAAGCGACCCUUGAACUUAUGAAUCGCGAAUACACAAGUGACAUCAUUAAAACCUUGAAGGAAAAUGGAUAUGAGUAUACAUGGGGUAACGUCACAGUGGCGCUGGCCGAAGCUUUUGGCUUCUGCUGGGGAGUGGAACGGGCUGUUCAAAUUGCUUACGAGGCUAGAAAACAGUUUCCUACUGAGACAAUCUGGCUCACCAACGAAAUCAUCCACAACCCAACUGUUAAUAAGCGAUUAGAAGAGAUGAAAGUGCAGAAUAUUCCUGUGAAUGAAGGAAAUAAACAAUUUGAUGUUGUCAACAAGGGUGAUGUUGUGGUUUUGCCUGCUUUUGGAGCGGCAGUGGAUGAGAUGUUGACUUUGAGUGAGAAAAAUGUGCAAAUUGUUGAUACAACUUGCCCAUGGGUUGUAAAGGUCUGGAAUUCUGUUGAAAAGCACAAGAAAGGAGAGUACACAUCAGUCAUACACGGUAAAUAUGCUCAUGAGGAAACAAUAGCAACUGCAUCAUUUGCUGGAAAGUAUAUCAUUGUGAAGAAUAUGGCUGAGGCUGAAUAUGUUUGUGACUAUAUUCUUGGUGGUGGAUUUAAUGGAUCCAGCUCAACUAAAGAUGCAUUUUUAGAGAAAUUUAAAUUUGCUGUUUCUGAGGGGUUUGACCCAGACGUUGAUUUGAUUAAAGUGGGCAUUGCGAACCAGACAACAAUGCUCAAGGGAGAGACUGAAGAGAUUGGCAAACUAUUAGAAAGGACUAUGAUGCGCAAAUAUGGUGUGGAAAACGUCAACGAACACUUCUUAAGCUUCAACACCAUUUGUGAUGCUACUCAGGAGAGACAAGAUGCUAUGUACGAGCUGGUGGAGAAAGAUUUGGAUCUUAUGCUAGUAGUUGGUGGGUGGAACUCAAGCAACACAUCACACCUGCAAGAAAUAGCUGAGGAACGUGGGAUUCCUUCUUACUGGAUUGACAGUGAGCAAAGAAUUGGUCCAGGAAACAGAAUAGCAUACAAAUUGAUGCAUGGUGAGCUCGUGGAGAAAGAAAACUUUCUCCCAGAGGGUCCAAUAACAAUUGGCAUAACUUCUGGUGCAUCCACACCUGACAAGGUGGUUGAAGACGUGCUCAUCAAGGUGUUUGACUUGAAACGUGAAGAAGCAUUGCUGGUCGCAUAAAGGAAUUUAUGCCGUAGAUCAUCAGUGUUUGAAGCGAACAGGGAAUAACUUAGUCCAGUGUUUAGAACUACUUAAUGUCAGGAGGCGAAUGUUAAAUAUGGGGCUUUUCAAAGUUGUCGGGUGUUGGAGGACAAGUGCGUGGGAUGUUGUAUUUUUGUAAAUCUUGGCCAUGUGAAAUGAAAUCAUUUAUAAUCAAUGAGAUUAUCCCCCUUUUGGAAA